AUGGGCUUUGUCAGUCUCUUCCUUCCAGAGAAGUCUACCCAUCGUAUAGGGCACAGAGACCCGUUCUGGAAUGGCAGAAAGAAGCCUUUCAUGAUCGCAGCCGUUGCCUCAUUCAUGUUACUUCAGAUCUUGUUCCUCGUCAACAUGUCAUACCUCUUCGGGUCCCUUUUCAAGUCAGAGCACAGGGUACACAACCUCCACAUCCUCACAGUCGACUAUGAUGGUGGUGUCAUCGGAAAGAGUCUUCAAGGUGCUAUAACACAACUCAAGGCUGAUACGUUCCCAACGUUCGAUGUUGAGAGCAGUGCCAAGUAUCCGGCUGUUGAGGACAUUGUCCAAGCAGUUAGAAAGGGUGACCAUUGGGCUGCCGUAUUCACCCACGCUGGAGCUUCAGAUCGCCUUGCGGCUGCCCUUGAAGGCGGCGAUGCAGCAGCUGCUUACGAUCCAACAAACACACUUACAUACGUCUGGAACGAGGUCAGGUACCCAGCUGUGGAAGAUGCCACCAUCAAGUCCAGCAUGUCACAGCUCAUGGCCGUCGUCCGCAUCGCUUACAACCACAUCAACGGCACUGGCGCCUUACAAACUCUGAACAAGAACGAUCCUGCCGCCUUGCAAGCUUUCCUCAAUCCGAUCCAAGGAGGAGACAUCAACAUCAUGCCAACAGGUCAGGGGACAAGAGUCUUGUACAACACUGUCGCUAUGGUGAUGCCCAUCAUCAUGCAAUUCUUCUUCCUCAUGGCUGUCAACGGAGUCAGUGCAGAGUUCAAUCUAUACUCGCAUCUUCCAGUUCUUAACAAUGGCAUCAUUAGAUUGGUACUCAGUCUGUCAUACACCUUCAUCGGUUCCCUCUGCUGGGCCGGCUACAUCUGGGCCUUCCGCGAAGACUGGUCUGUGGGCGCGGGCCAAUUCUUCUGCACCUGGGUCAUCAUGUGGCUAUUCAUGCACAUCAACUUUGCAGUGAUUGACGUCGCAACCGGCUUUAUCCCCAUGAAAUUCCUCCCUUUCUUCGUGCUGACUUGGGUAAUCCUCAACGUCACAUCUACAAUCUGGCCUUUUGAACUCGCACCAGGAUUCUAUCGUUGGGGCUAUGCAUUGCCCGCCCAUGAAGUAUGGCAAGUCUUGAUUCAGAUCUGGUCGGGUGGUGCUGUGGAUCGUCUCUACCAAGCCUUGCCCAUUCUCUUCACUUGGGAGAUUGUGUUUUUGCCUUUGGCUGUUAUGGCAUUGAAUCAUCGCUGUGCUGUUGCGGAGAGAGAGCAUAAAGCUAUGGAGGAGGAAAGGAGACAACUUAUCAGAAGAGUGGAGACAGGGAAGGCGGACGAGAUGCCAGAGCGGUUGACAUCAGAGGAAGAGGCGCCGUCGCCGGUAGCUGAGAAGGUGGUGCAGAGCUUCGAGGCUGAUGUUCACAGGGGCUCCUACGUAUCAGCUGUUUCUCAGCAGGUCUAA